AUGCUCAACGCAUAUCAUACAUCCGAACCUGCAUUACAAAUUGAAGUUAUUUCACCAAAAAUACAAGGUGUUGGUUCAAAACGAUAUGUUGAAUAUACAGUUAAAAUGAAAACAACUUUACCAGUAUUUAAUUCAACGGAAUCAACUGUUCAACGACGUUAUUCAGAUUUUGAAUGGUUACAUAAAGAAUUAGAACAGGCUGAUACAAAAAUCGUUGUACCAUCAUUACCAAAUAAAGCUUGGCAAAGACAAUUACCAUUUCGAAAAGAUGAAGGUCUUUUUCAAGAAGAUUUUAUUGAAGAACGACGACGUGGUUUAGAAACAUUCAUUAAUAAAAUUGCUGCACAUCCAUUAGCACAAAAUGAACGUUCAUUACAUGCUUUUUUAUUAGAACCUGAAAUUGAUUUAAGUCAAUAUACACGUGGCAAAGUAAAGCAUUAA